AUGAGGGGUUUUAAUAGAAUUUUUAGUAUUGGAAGUAUAAUAAAUUAUCAGAGAAGGUUUUUAACUGAACUUCCAUACAAUAUCGACAAUAAAAAUUUGUAUUGCAAUUCUUUUGCAAGCUGUGAAGAUGUGACCAAGUAUAUUGAGUUUUUGUCGAUUGGAGAAUCCAAUGAAGUGGAUAAGAUCUCAGAUUCUACACACCUAUUCAACGAACGAGCCCAUAAAAUGUAUCCAUAUCAAAUCAUCAGGGUUUUGAACUCAUAUGCAAGACUUAAAUUCUCCAAUGAAAAUAUAUUAAAGUCAGUAUUGACAAGGUGUGAAGAAAUGUGUGAUCAGGCUUCACCGAAAAGAGCACUGGAGUUAAUCACACUAUACAGGAACGUGAAUUUAUCGCAUGAACAGGUUCUUUCACCGCUAACCAAGUCACUUAUAAAUCACAUGAAUAAUUACUCAUACGAGUUGUAUACGCUGGGACUAAACGCAAGUUAUCUUAAUAUCACUGACCAGAUAUUCAUUGAGUCACUAAAGACACAAAUCUUGUUAACUUCUAAGGAACUCAAUCCCUUGAAUUCUAUAAAGAAUCUGGAGUCCUUUUCAAGGUUCAGAGUUGAGUCAGACGAGUUGUUUGACAGUGUUUGGAACUUUGUUAAGGAUAAAGUAUUAUUCUUUUCCUCAUGGCGUCAGCUUCAAGAAUACAUCAACAAAAACUUAAAUUAUUCUCGUAGGCUCCUUGAAUUUCACAUAGAUUUAUUGAGUUCAGAAUUAGAGAAAAGUAAUAUGAAUUCUGAAGAAAUAUCUACAAUCUUAACAAUUAAAAGCUCAAAAGGGUAUUUUAUUCAUAUAAUUUUUAAAUUAAGGAUUGUCCAUCACCAAUGUGUCGAGGCUAUCAUUAACUCAAUUGAGAUGAAGGUUAAUGACCCGAAUUAUAUUAAAGAUGACAUUUAUUAUCAUAUUUUCAAGUUAUCACAGAUUUUAUCAUUUGAUGAAACAGACAGUUUGUUUAAAUCUUCACACAUUUGUGAGUUCUGGAAACUAAUUCUGGAUAAAAUAUUCACAAACAUAACGGGAUUUCUGUCUCCAACCAAGGCAAUACAGUUACUAUACACAAUAUCAAUACUUAAAAGGAAUAAUGUCAUUGAUAAAAAUUACGAUGAAAUAUUGAAAUACAUUAAACCAAUAUGGCAAAAAUUAAAUUUAAGGGAUCAGGAACUAUUAUACGAUUCUUUGGUAUCGAUGUAUUGGAGUAAUGAAAGUAAAGGGGAAGAAGAUAUAUUUGUCAAACGAAUAAUAGAGGAGAAGAUGCCGACAAUUUUACCGUUGAUGUAUGGGAACAUGAAAAAUGUAAAACUGGGAAUCAAAGGAGGGAAAAAUGUAAUAUAUAAAGCUGACAUGGAUAAAAAACUAGUGCCACAAAAAUGUGUAAACGAAUUUUAUGUAUUAAAUGUAGUAAAUGAAGGAGUUAAAGUAGUAAAGUCGCCAGAAACAUUGAUGGAACUGGAAGUUAUGGAAAAAAUACAUAAUGAUGUAGAAUCAUACACAAAUAGAGUAGAAAUUAAAAUUCCUAACGAAAAAUUAAAAAUGAGCUUAAAAUGUUAA